AUGGCCACCCCGCAACUUGCGAAUGAUGGACUCGUUCACCGCAAGUCAACUAACCGAAUCGACAAUGCCGACCUCUCUGAAGAGCCUGACGUACUCGUGGAGGAUACAAAGAAGGAAAAGGAAGUCGUGUGGGGAAAGACGCCAGACGGAACCGUGUUCAAAGUACCUACGACACACGAUGUCCUUACCUCGCUGUUUGAUCCCCGCCUGCCAAAAUCCCACCUCGACGCCAUCACCCUCCUCACUCUGGGCGCCCAGAUCGUUCUGUUCCUCUGUCUCCCACGGUGGGCAGCCCAGACGUUCUUCCUCAUCUACUUUGCCUUUUGGAGAACGGCGUAUGAUGCGGGCCUCGGAUGGGUGCUCACCCAGCAGAGCAAGAAAAGAUGGGUCGUCAGGCAAGUGAAGAAACGGGGCUGGAUGGAUAAGAAGAGGAGACCGAAGGUGGCUGCCUGGAUCCAGAAACAGCUAGAGGGCAAGAUGGGAAUGGACUACGAUUUCGAUACCCUUCCGAUGGAAUACAACACCUGGCUCAUCUUCCGCCAAUUCGUAGACAUCAUUCUGCUCAAUGACUUUGUCGCCUACUGCAUGUUCGCGUUUUCUCACUUUCACAUUCCCAACAACUUGUCUAUGACGAUGCAUAUGCUCCGGUGGAUCUGUGGCAUCGCACUGAUUGCCUUCAACUGGUGGGUCAAGACCGAAGCGCACCACGUGGUGAAAGACUACGGCUGGUACUGGGGCGACGUCUUCUUCGCGCGUGGAAACCUCGUCUUCGACGGUGUGUUCGAGAUGGCACCGCACCCGAUGUACAGUGUCGGCUAUGCGGGGUAUUACGGCCUCUCGCUCAUCGUCGGGAGCUACAUGGUCAUGUUCGUCAGCCUGGCGGCGCACGCAGCACAGUUUGGGUUCCUGAUGUACUUUGAGAACCCGCAUAUUGCGCGGACAUAUGGCGAGAAGAAGGUCAUCGCGCAGCGUACACCUCUUGUCAAGCGCCGCGCAGACAUCUUUGCACACGGCGGGACACCCAGUGUUUCUGCAAUCGAUACACCGGAUACCACAGAGGGGGAGACGACGGAAAGCGAGGAUGAGCCAUAUGAAGCCGAGCUCUUGACCACUCCGCGGUUGACGCCUGCGUCAUCUAGACAGAGCGGUGCGGACGAGAAGCCGGCAGAAAUCGUGACGCAACAUGACCUUUUCAACCGGUAUUUCCACAAAGACGCAGUAGUGCUGUUCAACCUUGAUCUGAUGAGAUCGAACGAUUUCACCCUCGUAGUCCUGCUCACUUACGCGCUGUUCCUCCCCCUGGUGCUGCCCAACCUCACCUCGCGGGGGACGCUCGUCUUCUUCUUCCUACACGCACUCGUCUGGCGGCUAUUCCACUCCUUCGGCCUUGGCCUGCUCCUCAAAGCGCAAAGCGAGCGUAAGUGGAUAGUACGGCAUUUCAUCAAACACUACCACUUUCCCGGAGAGGAGGGGACGACGCGUGCGGUAGAGGAGGCGUUCGAUAAUUGGAAGACCGUGUACAAUUUGAGCCUGUGCAUGACGUAUACCUCCUUCGGCGUGCUUGCACUGAAGACAUAUCACAUACCCGAAAACUGGACGGUGGGCGUUGAGCUGCUCCGUCACACACUGGGUUUCUUCCUCGUCUUCCUCCACGUCUGGACAGCGCAUGAAUCAUACAAAGUUCUUGGCCUAUUCGGCUGGUUCUUCGGCGACUUCUUCAUCGAAGAUUUCCCGGUGCAGCUCGACUAUUCCGGGAUAUACCGAUAUCUUAACAACCCUGAAAAGUCCAUGAGCGGCGCAGCGGUAUGGGGCCUGUCCUUGCUGAGUGGAAGCAAGCUCGUUUUCGCCCUCGCAGUCGUGUCCCAUCUCUGUCACUGGUGGUUCCUCAGCGCGGUGGAGACCCCGCACAUGCGCAAGCUGUACGGAGAAACAAUUCGCAAGGAAGCAGGGUUCACGCGGACGAUCCGGAAAGUGGCGACGAAGAAUGCUAGGAUCUUGGAGAACAGGCUGGCGAGGCAGGCGCCUGAGAUCAAGAAAGUUGCUGAGGAAGUGAGGGAGACGCUAGAGAGGGCGUUCGAGGACACGGCGGAUGCCUUUGAGGAUUUUCUUGCCAAGUCACAGCCAAGGCUGGUCGAGGUGAUGCAAGAAACACGCUCGCUUAUCGAGCUGUCCAAGAACCGCCUCAUUAUCCCUCGCGUCGCUACCAAUCUAGCCUCGUACGACCUCUCGCAGUACUCGCUCAUUCUUCCCACUGACACAAAGCGGUUUCACAUCGGCGAGCCUAUUGUUCUUCGCUGGCGGGCUCCCGAGAACCACAGUCGGAGGGAUUGGGUUGGCUUGUACCCUGUGGGUGCUAACCGAGGCAGAGAAGUGACGGAAGUGAACUCACAGGGAUUUUGGAAACCGAUCGUGGAUGAGGAAUGGGAUGGAGAUAUGGCGCUGCACAAUGGCCUUCCCGGGGCCACGCUCGCUACUGACGGAGAGGUUGCCUUUGGUGGGAGAGCAUUACCCUGGAAAACGGGAAUGUGGGAGGCGAGGUACCAUCAUGAUGGGAUGCACAACGUCAUGUGCUCAUCAGAGUCAUUCGAGAUAUAUGUUGAUAACCCCGAGGAGAUGAGCUAUGCCGCCGUCCACAGGGUGUUGGAGAAGAUCGUCCGUCUCGGGCUUGACAGUGACCCCGCGUUGCUCCCCCAGAUCUCCCUUCCCCCCUCCUCGGUACUCAUAGAUGCGCCAGGCGGAGAAGCAGAAGACUUCCGAUUUCACUCUCUUGACCAGGCCAGACGGAUCGCGUUGGGCAUCCGGGCAGCGUUUGGGAUCGAGUUCGCGCAGGAAGUUGUGGUUGCGGAGGCGAACGUGGCUAGACUGGCUAGAAGGAUCGUCGAAAGCAGGGAGGUAUUAGCGCCUUUUAGUGUUGUUUGUUAGCUUCUAUAAGAAU